AUGGAUCAGAACGAGAAAACAAGCCUGGUCGAUAAAGUAUUCUCUUGGUCUAUCAAAAACAUUCUCAACAGAGAUCUCCAUAAGAACAAGACAAUACCAGACAAGUUUAGAUCUACUGAUGAGUACCUUCAGUGUUUUGUUCCUCAUCUACUUGAGGAAACACGUACGGAGUUGUUCUCGAGUUUCAAGUCUGUAUCCAAAUCUCCUGUCUUUGGAAUUAGUUCAGUGGAGUUUAAGGCUUCAAGUGGAAGCUCUGGCUCAUCGAACCAUUUGUUGUAUGGUAUAAAAAUAAACAAUGCAUUGAGUUUUGGUGCAAAGUAUCAGCCUAAAGGUGGAGAUCUUAUUGCUCUGACAAGGGAAAGGCCAAGACGGAUCGAUGACUUGAAUCCUUUGCUUCUCGCCUACGUAUCCUCUGAUAGUGAUCUUACUAUAUAUGUUCAUCCGUCUAGAUCCAUAUCAGAUCUUGAAAUAAACCAGACCAAUGAAGCUUCACUUCAGUUUGGUGUUUUUCUCAUGAAUAUGACAACAAACACUCGGAUUUGGAACGCUUUGCAUAACGAAGCUGCCAAUUCAGCUCUAGUCAAGAGUGUGCUUCAAGAAACUACUCUGGUAGGUGUUAUCAUGAUUACGUUCUCUCUUUUUUUGGACAUAAUCCGUUCUGCAAAGUUGAACACUUCCCAAGAAGCUGCAAUCUUGAGCUGCCUUGAGACAAGGAACAGCCACCACGAGGACAGUGUGAAGCUGAUUUGGGGACCUCCUGGCACUGGCAAAACAAAGACGGUUGCAACACUUCUCUUUUGCCUUCUUAAGCUUAAGUGCAAAACAGUUGUUUGUGCUCCAACAAACACAGCUAUUGUGGAAGUUGCAUUGAGGCUCUUGUCCUUAUUUAAGGAAACUUGUGAACCACAACACUCUACUUAUGGGCUGGGGAAUAUAGUGUUAUCCGGGAACCGCGACAGAAUGGGGAUUAAAGAAGAUGGUGUUCUUCUUGAUGUGUUUCUUGAUGAGCGCGUUGGUAAACUUGCUAAUCUUUUUUCUCCAUAUUCUGGAUGGAAGCAGAGAUUAGAUUCACUGAUAAAGUUUCUUGAGAACACUGAGGCCAAGUACGAGAAGUAUGUCCAUUUACUUGAAGAAGUUGAAAGAAUGAAAGAAGAAGCUGAACAGAAGCCAAAAGCCGUAAAGAUUCUUACAUUUGGGGAGUUUGUAAAGAAGACUUUCGAUAGCCUUAGUGAAGAAUUGGAGAAAGAUAUGGUUGAUUUGUACACGCAUCUUCCCAAGUCAUUCAUUUCAUUAAAGCAAGUGAAGAGUAUGGUUGCAGCUCGUCAAGCUUUUCAGAGAGUUAGAUAUUUCUUGGAAGAGAAUUAUAACAGAGAAGAUUUCAAGAAGGGAAGUUUCAAAUUUGAGUGCUUCAACAGAGUCAUUAGUUCUGAUUGUCUCCAGGCUCUACGUUUACUUCCCGGACGUUUUGAGGUUUCAGACAUGUUGGAAAACAAAGAUACUAAGAACUUUUGUUUACAGAAUGCUGACAUAAUCUUCUGCACAGCCUCAGCUGCUGCAGAUAUGAAUCCGAUAAGGACAGGACCGAUAGACCUUCUUGUGGUCGAUGAGGCGGCUCAGCUUAAAGAAUGUGAAUCAGUUGCUGCUUUGCAACUCUAUGGUCUUCGUCAUGCUGUUUUAAUAGGAGAUGAGCUUCAGUUGCCUGCAAUGGUUCAUAACGAGAUAUGUGAAAAGGCCAAAUUUGGAAGAAGCUUAUUUGAGAGAUUGGUUAUUCUUGGUCAUAGCAAGCACUUGCUUAAUGUCCAAUACCGAAUGCAUCCUUCGAUUAGUCGUUUUCCCAAUCGGGAGUUCUAUGAUGGACGAAUCACUGAUGCUGCGAAUGUUCAAGAAACCAUUUAUCAAAAGAGGUUCCUUCAAGGAAACAUGUUUGGUUCAUUCUCUUUUAUCAAUGUUGGACGUGGAAACGAAGAGUUUGGUGAUGGACAUAGUCCCAAGAACAUGGUUGAAGUUGCUGUCAUUUCUGAAAUCAUAUCUAAUCUUUUCAAAGUUUCAAGUGAAAAGAGAAUGAAGAUAAGUGUUGGAGUGGUUUCACCUUACAAAGGACAAGUUAGAGCAAUCCAAGAGAAAACCAAAAGCAAGUACGGUUCCUUGUCAGGUGAUCUUUUCACUUUGAAUGUUCGGUCGGUAGAUGGGUUUCAAGGUGGUGAAGAAGACAUUAUCAUCAUCUCUACUGUCAGAAGUAACGGUAAUGGUAAAGUGGGAUUUCUCAACAACCGUCAAAGAGCUAAUGUGGCACUUACUCGAGCAAGACACUGUUUAUGGGUUGUUGGUAACGAGACAACCUUGGCUCUAAGUGGUUCCAUUUGGGCUAAACUGAUAAGUGAGUCGAGAACACGUAAAUGCUUCUUUGAUGCUACCGAGGAGAAGAACCUAAGAGAUGCAAUGAAUGAUGCUUUGCUUGAGGAUGUGUCUUCUAGUUUUGGUUCUCUUUCGAUCAGGAAUGGUCUUGGGAGAAGAAAUGCUUGGUAG